UUAGUUUAUUCUAAUGGGAAACUGCACCAGUGUCACCCCCGUGAUAACAAUCGUGCAAAAAAAUAGAAAUGUUUUAAAAACAGUGUUAAAAAAAGAAAAAUAAAUAGUUGAAGCAUUUUAACAACCGCCUGUAAAUAUUUAUAAUCAAUAUUCUUAAGAUGAAUCGGGGCAUUAAUAUGAUGCGAUCUUUGAUAUUUUCGAAUUUACGAAGCAGAAAUUAUAGUACUCUACCUAAAGAAGCUAUAAUAUAUUUAAAUAAAGAAACAAUUGUCUGCUGGCAUCCGGAGCAACCAUUUCCCUAUAAAUAUACAAAACCAUUGCCCAAGGAAAUAGUGCCAAAGUCAAUGCUACAAAUUGGUAAACAAGAAAUAAGUCAAGCAUAUGAUCGUAAACCAAGACAACAAUUAGCAGAUGAACUUGCUGCAUUAACACAAACGACAAAACACAGAUGGUUCCCAAGAGCCAGAAACAAGAAAGCAAAGAAAACGCCACUUGAAAGGAAAUAUAUAUAAAAUUAUCAUAAUUUCUUUUAAAAAAAAAGUUUUUUCUAUUAUAUUAUUUAGGACUAAUGUAGAAUCAAACUAAUGUAAAAUAAAUGCAUAAGAAUUUAAACAAA